UACAUAAAUUUAACCAAAGAUAAUAAAGUCAAUAACAAGCAAUAAGUAAUUACUUUUUACACAGCGAAAACAAUUCUUUCUUGUUGGGUGAAAGUGUAAACUAGAACAAAAUUCUGUAUAUUGAUCACUGGAGAUCGAUAUUAGCAGACAAUGAGCUUUUACUUAUAAUACUGAGAGUUUAAUGUAAAAAAUCAUAAACAAUGCAGUAUUUUAACGUAAAGUGUGUGAGAAUUGCAAUAUUGCUUACGUUUAUCACAUUGUCCAGAUGCAGUGAUAUCACGCAGCAAGUAUUUGGCGAUAUAAAGGAAGGUAUUGUUGCAGCAUUUGGCGAUUUCAACUCUGAUGAGUUGACUGAUGUCUUCUUAAUAAGAGAUCAAAUGAGUACCUUGCAAAUUCUUUAUGGUGCUUAUACGGAACCACUUUUACGACGUGGUCCCUAUUGUAUGUUCGAUGGGCAUGAAAUCACUAGUGUAGUACCAGGCGAUUUCGAUGGCGAUGCUUUAAUGGAUGUGCUUAUAACGCUGCGGCCCAAACGAAAUGCCAAGGAAAAUAUUUAUAAUAUACAUGUUAAUUGGGGCGGCCCAGAUGGUAUUAAUUGCUCUACUGCAGAAAAACCAAUUUUAAUCACACAGGGUGAGCCUUUGGCAUUGGAUUUUAAUCGUGAUAUGAUCAUUGAUCUGUUCGGCUUGGAUGAAAAUGGUGAACGUGCCUUCUGGAUAUUCCAACCGCAGCGAAAAACCCCAGAAAAGCGUACGCAAGCAGUACCGAGUGGUUCUGAACAAACUCAUCCAUCUAUACGUAUACCUAAUGCCAAUGCAUAUUUAGAUUUUAACGGUGACUUUACAGCUGACCUUAUAGUACAAACUGAAAAGAACUAUGAGGUGUGGUAUGGUCGUACUGAAGAAAAGGAAGAUUUUAGUUAUAAUCACAGUAUCGACAUUGAUAUCAUUGGUUCAUCGAAUUACAUGUUGGGUCAAGCAGUAUUUGCUGAUUUUGAGUUAGAGGGCGUCGAGAAUAUUAUAUUACCCGUGUGCAUACAAAAAGAUUGCUCAAACUCAACAGUUUUGGUGUACGAUGGUAAAAGUUUCCGCGAUGUUCAUGUAAAUUUCAAGGAUCCACAAGGUGUAUUAUGGGGCUUUGUGCCCUCAAUUGAAUCAGAUGUUUAUCUGAAAACCAUCACAGCACGAAGUGGAGACUUUAAUAUGGAUGGUUAUCCAGAUUUGAUUAUAACACUGCAUACUAUAAGCGGCCCAAAGCGCAUGCAAACCUUCCUUUUAGAGAAUGUGCCAUGUAAAAUGUGUAACAAACCGCUCAAACGUACCUUUGAAGUUAAAUGGAAUGGCUUAAGUCCAAUGGGUAAUGAAACUGUCGCCGGCGCAUUCUACGAUUUCUAUCAAGACGGUGUCCUUGAUGUUAUACUCAUCGAAAAAACGAAACAAGGCAAAUACCGGCCACUGGCAUUUCGCAACACCCUGGACUAUGAUGCAAAUUUUGUUAAAGUGAUUGUUCUUACGGGACUUAUAAAUAAUAAAAAUCCUACACAAACAACACCAUUAGGUAGGAAGCGUCGUACUUAUGGCACGAAUCUACCCGGUCCACGCAUCACCUAUUCCACAACCACACAAGAGGGUGAUCAGCAACAAGGUUCAAGCGUUCAACUACCACAAUCCGCUUAUUUCGCUUUGCAACUGCCUUAUACCAUUUUUGGACUUGGACGUACACCCAAUUUCGUUGACUCACUUACAGUUGGUUUGGGCAGCAAAUCGCGUACUUGGACACAAGUUAUACCGAACUCACAGAUUAUUGUUGUACCAAAGCCAGUCAGCGAGCCACAGCACUGGAAAGCACAGCUUUUCGUUACACCCAGCAAAUUAAUUUUGAUGAGCGUAGUGGCGCUGGGUGGUACAUGCCUGGUCAUAGUGCUCAUUAUACUGGUCUUGUAUAUUAAGGAAAAGCGUGAGGAUAAGCAAGAAAAACUGCAAGAAGCUCAUCGUUUCCAUUUUGAUGCAAUGUAAUAUAAUUGCAGCUGGAAAUGCUACGUGUUUGCGUUUGCUUCUUGAAAUGUUUAUAUGUAUUUAAUUUUACUUGAUAUCUAGUUUAAAAACCUAUUUUAUUUUGAAAAGUGAUUUUUAUUUGUAUAUCUAUUUUGGUAAUCCUUUAUUAGUAAUUUUAGUUAAUGCUUAUAAAACUAUGCUCUUAGAGUGGAACAUUAAUGAAAACAAAUUAACACCCCCUAACAAUAA